UUUAACAAAACGAACCCAUCUCUCUCUUUAGAACCACACCCAGUUUCUCUUUCUAGGAAUGGGCUUCCCAGUGGGUUACACAGAGGUCUUCUUCCCCAACCUCUUCCUCCACACCCUCUCUCUUUUGGGUUUUAUCCGCAGCCUCAUUUUCUCGCUCUUCCACUUUCUGGGGCUUUCCGAUUUCCUCGAGACCGACGCGGGCGUUUGGCCUGAGACCCGGGCUCAGCUGCUGCCGGGGUGCCAGACGCCCGCGUCGGUCCUCCUGAUCCGGGAAUUUCUCCCCGUGAUCAGGUUUGAGGACAUCGCCGGAGACCCGCCGGAGAGCUGCGCCGUCUGCCUGUACGAGUUCGAGGGCAGUGAGGAGAUCAGGUGCUUGACGAAUUGCAAGCACAUUUUUCACCGGGCGUGUUUGGACCGUUGGAUGGACCACGACCAGAAGACGUGUCCGCUUUGCCGGACGGCGUUUGUGCCUGAAGAGGCCAGCGAGGAGUUUAAUCGACGGCUCUGGGCCGCCGCCGAGUCGGAGCUGGAGCUCCACCGUGAUUUUUACAGUGAGUACAGUUCGGUCUGAUGAGGCUGCUGAGGAUAUUGCAAAAUGUAUAUAUACAUGAAAAAAAUUAUGUCUAAUUUUGAGAAAAAAAAAAAAAAAAAGAGAAAUUUUUUGGAUUAUUUCUCUUUUGUUUUUGUAUAUUUUGAUAUUAAUAUUGAAAUAGAAAUACUACAAGAUUUUCAAUC